CCCAUCUUCAAUCAAUCUCCAUCAUUCCACUUCCCUGUCAUUCAAUUGUUUUAUUGACUUUGAUUAUCUGCUCGAUUGGAAUUCCACCUUUCUUUGAUAUCUAUUGACUCUGUUCAUCAGUUUUUGUUUCUUGAUUAGGCGCCCUUCGGUCGGAUUGGUGCACACGCGCGUUUCCUGCUCUCCCUUGGCUCGGCGUUCGCCUGAUUGCUCGAACCACAACACCUGGAUCUGGAGGCUUUUUGGAAGGAUUCAGUUCAGACAACAGUGGUUUAAUUGUAUCCAGAAUACUGGGUAUUGUGAAGGGUUCAGCAUCUUUGAAAUCAAGGGUUCAAUACUCGACUCAAUAUGGCGACCACACCACCGCCGCCGUCGCCGUCAACCUUGCGAUGCCCCCCAACUCCACGACACGGUGCUGGAUAUGAUCAGUAUGAGCCGUACUCGACGCGACAUUCAGCCAGAUUAGCAAGCCAACGGACAUCGCGAGACAGAAACACGACUCCCCCGCCUAGUUUUCCGUCCCACGCGCAAUCGAAAUUCAAGGCUGGAAAGAAACAAAGCGAUGCUGAGCCAGAGACUCUGUCGCCCCCCAAAUCUGCUCAGACCUCUCCCAGGAAGAAGCGGCUGGCCCGUGAUGACUCUUCCACCAUUCCCUAUUCACUGGGCGGUCCCUCUGGCCUUGACACAGACCCCUUCAGCUCAGACUCUCUUCAUUCACAGCGUCUUCUUCACCCACACACAGCGACAAUGACUGAGGGAAUGCUUCCCACACCAGCCAAGACCCCCAGGAAAAAGCCAGUUGGAGACGUUGGAACCACUGCCCGCUCCCUCUUUCCCCCCAGUUCCAGCACCGGUCGCAAGAAAGCAAAGAAACACACAGGCUUCUCCUUGGACAGUUUUGAAGAGAGCGGCCCUAGCGGAAAUCAGAUCCAGAUCUACACCGAUUCCCGCGACCGGAUUCCUGAAGUCGCUCAGAGCGAAGACAAUCCAUUCUCCAAAAAACCGGCACCCAACAUGCCAACCACACGUUCUUCGAGGCGCAGAGAUGGUGGAAAGCGGGAUAAAGAGGUCGACGAAGCCAUCGAUCGUGAGGAUGGCAUGGUCUAUGUUUUCCGAGGCAAGAAGACUUUCCGCAAGUUCCACGAAGAACCCCAGAGCGAAGAAGAGGAUGAAGAAGAUGACGAUCUGGGCCUGCUAGCAUCCCGCCCAGAUCUCAUUGAUUCGUCCGUUGUGGCUAACAUUCGCCCUCUGACUCGUUCGUCGAUCAAACCGCGGGUGCUCUUCCCGAGGAAGGCCAAGCAUCGCAUGCCACCAGCAACCCACGACGACCACGAGGAAGAGGCGGCUACGGAUAUCGAAGACCACGCCGUGGCUACCGACAACGAGAAUGCAGACAGCAGUGAUCAUGUGGCGGAUGUAGACAUGCCUCAGCGUGCGGAGACCCCGACCUUGGACUCAACCAUUGAAACCCCCGAAUCUCCCGGCGCGACAAUCCGUUCCCUACGUCCUCGGGGCAAACGCGACAUCCUCGAAAGCGGCGAAACGCCUACCGCAACGACAGGGCAGAAGCGCGGCAGUCCCUUCGAUGGCUGGCUGCGGAAGAAGUCCACGCCCGCUGUGGCAGCUUCCAAGGCCAAGAAGCGGGAUGCCGCCGAGUCCUCAGGCAGUCCCAUCGGGCCAGCGGCCAAGAAGACGAGGAGCACCCGGGCUCAUGCUGCAUCAUAAUCGACUGUCUUUACGACUCUCUAUCUGCUGUCAUUGAGGAGCAGCGAGCGCAUUUUUGUUUUCUUUCUCCAUCGUUGACACAUACGGACGACCCGACAUUUCCCAAGACUGGACGAAUUUUUUUUCAUGUGUUAUUUUCAUCGUUACUUUCAUUUUCCUGUUUAUCUUUUUAUCCUCUUCGGUACCAGUUUCGAAUGCUUACGCUUGGAGUUUGACGUGGUUCGAUCUAUCUUUGCGUGGGACUCACCGUACCCCAAGCCUCUUCUUCUGCUUCUCCAGGGCUUUUGACCCGCAGACUCGAACAGCUAUGGGCCGGUUGACAUGGGUAUGGGAAAUUGGACGGGUACUGGCAUUCAACUAGCUUCAAGGCAGGCAUUGUCUUCGGAUGGAGUUUUCCUCUCUUUUUGUCUGUUUAUUUCCUUUCUAUUGUCUGCUCUCGCUGUCGCUGCUACGGCUGUAAGAGGCUGUCACGUUUCUUCUUUUCUUUUUUUUUUAAUUCUUUUUUUAUCAAAUAGCUUAGGAAUAGUUAGAUACCAAUGAACACGAAAUUGCGAUGUCA